AUGAUGCAUGCGAAGAAGUGCUUGGUCUUUCUGGCCGCUUCUUGGCUGUUCUUGCAGAGUGUUCCUGUUGGUGCCGAUGAGCUUAUCAAUCCCGAUGACUUGAAUCAAUUGGAGGUGCGAAAUAUUGAGGAGCGAAACCUUGGUGCUACUGGUAGUCCUUGCCAAAGCUCCCAACCUUCUGGUGGCUCCUCUACUGGCGGCGGCGGCGGUAGUGAAUCAGGAGGUGGUAGUCCUGGUGGUGGCUCUUCUGGAGGGGGUUCCCCCGGCGGAGGCACUGGCGGUGGCUCUCCUGGCGGAGGUAGCCCCGGAGGAGGUAGUCCUGGUUCUGGCGGAGGUUCCCCUGGUGGAGGUUCCCCCGGUGGCGGCUCUCCUGGCGGCGGCUCCCCUGGCUCUGGCGGCGGAAGCCCUGGUGGAGGAGGCAGUCCCGGUGGUGGUGGUGGCUCUCCCAGCGGCGGUGGAGGAUCCUCUGUUUCUUCUUCUUCUUCUUCUUCUCCUGCCACAACCCCACCUGCUACCUGUGCUGUUUCCAUCGGACCAGUCGUGGUUACACCUGCUCCAUCGACCAUUGGCCUCUGCCCCAUUGCAAGCGCUCUAUGUGCCGCCUGCCCUGCCACAACAGUAACAGUUACCAGCUGCCCCAGCGCCACAGCCGGAGGUGGUACCAACCAAGGCGGCGGCGGAGCUGCUACAUCUGGAGCUGGAGGCGGGAAUGCAGCUACCACCAGCGCCGUAGGAGGAGGUGGAGGUGGAGCCGGAGCAGGAGGAAGCACAGCAUCUGCCCAGCCCUCAUCUUCCGUUCAAGUCUCAUCGUCCACAGCUAGCGCGCAACCCUCAAGCUCAACACCCGUCGUAAGCUCCGGCGCAAUUACCGUUACCAGUUCAGUCAGCACCCGAGUCUCGACACCUUUAAUCCCCGGCAGCGGCAGUAGCACACCAGCCGGCUCCGGCUCAGCAGGCGGAAGUACCCUGAAAACCCUACCCACGUCCACUGCGGUGCCUGGAUCGACUCCUGGCUCUGGUGCUGGCGCUAGCAGAGCUGCUAGUGGUAGUGCUGGGGCUGGAGGAAGCUCAGUCACCCCGCGAGCGGCAAUUCCUCCCGGUAUAGUGCGACGGCAGAUGUUGGGGACGAUGAAUAUGACAGCGCCGUUCGCUAACACGAGCAGUAUUCUCUCGAAUGCGACGGGUACUCUUAACGUGACGAGGUUUUUGACGACUACGACAACCGAGGCUGGGUCUGGGGCCUUUCCUCAGUUCCAUAUGAGACAUCGAGGAUAA